CAGAGCGUCCUCCUGACGAACAUCUGGAUCAGCCAUACAGAUGCUUUGGCAUCACUUAGUUUGCCGUUUAACAAACCUUUCUGUCUCAAACAAACUCUAAUCUUUCUACCUUUAAUCUUGAUCAUUUUGGUGGAGGCGUGAACUGUUUGUCCUGAGGGAACUUGGAAGAGAAAAAGAGGUGGAGUACAAGUUUCAGGCCCACAGUCAAGAUAGGAUUUCUUCACCUCUUGGUCAUAAAUAUUUCAGACCGGGAGGCCAUGGCUCGACUGGAGAGAGCCACAGUAGAAAAGGAUGUGUCCUUGUGGACAGCAGACCCAAAGAAGGAGAGCUGAGGACGAGAAAGGGGUCGGUGCAGCAUGGAGGAGGUGGUGAGGCAACGGCCGGUGAUCUCUGCGAGAGAAAGAGGCCCGGGCCCGGGACGCUACGCUCUGCCCCCUACAGUUGGGUUCAUCAACCAUGACUUCACCAAGCCCAGCAGCCCCGCGUACUCCUUCCGCUGCCGCACCAGCAGUGCCAUGGUUUCUGUGGACUCCAGCCCUGGACCGAGGUACCAUGUUCAUGCCAAGCUUACUCGGUUUGGCCAGAUGGAGACUCCUUCUUAUUCCUUUUCAGGCAGAGGAAGUCAAAUUGGGAAUAAAGACGUACUGUUCCAGACUCCAGGACCGGGGGCCUACAGCCCAGAGAGAGUACCCCCUGUCAACGGUCAGCGCCGACCCCCAUCCUACACCAUCGGCCCCCGAACAAGAUACCGAUCUGUUGACCCUGUACCAGCACCUAACAGCUACAGUCUUCCAAAUCUUCUGGGCUGCCAGGUUCCCCACAAAACCUCCAGUGCCAGUUACAGCUUCUCAUGCCGGAGGAAGGUCGGCGCUCCCACUGAAGAUCUCGCCAAAACUCCCGGACCAGGACAGUACAGCAGCACAAACCCCGACAUCUACCGACAACGCCAGCCCUCGUUCACCAUGCAGAGCCGGACUAAGAGGCCGCUUUAUUCCUCUGCUAUUCCAGGGCCAGGAACAUACAGCCCUGAGAAGAUUCAUACACACCUUCCAAAACCUCCAUCUUUCAGCAUGGGCAUCAGACACUCAGAGUACAUUACCCCACUUGUGAUCAAUGUAGUUGAUUGAAAAUACUGAGCGACCACUUUAUUUCUUUUAAU